AUGAACGUGGCGAGCAAGGGAGGCGGAGGAGGCAUGGCGGCGUCGCGGAUCGUAGUCAUAACGGGAGUGAGCAAAGGGCUGGGGCGAGCGCUGGCGGUGGAGAUGGCGAAGAGGGGCCACACCGUAAUCGGCUGCUCCCGUUCCCAAGAUAAGCUCAACGCCCUCCAAUCCGAGCUCUCCUCCGACAAACACCUCUUCCUCAACGCCGACGUCAGGUCUAAUAACAGCAUUGCUGAUCUGGCGCGAGUUGUUAUGGAAAAGAGGGGAAUCCCAGAUAUUGUAGUGAACAAUGCAGGCAUGAUCAACGACAACAAGAAGCUUUGGGAGGUUCCGGUGGAAGAAUUCGACAGCGUGAUAGAUACCAACGUUAAAGGAGUCGCUAACGUGUUGCGCCACUUCAUUCCACUGAUGCUGUCGCGGAAUGAGGGGAAGAACCCAUCCGGAAUCAUAGUAAACAUCUCCUCCGGGUGGGGUCGAUCGGGUGCAGCGCACGUGGCACCAUACUGUGCGUCAAAAUGGGCGGUGGAGGGGUUGACCCGAUCAGUGGCGAGGGAGGUACCGAGUGAGAUGGCGGUUCUUGCGCUCAGCCCGGGUGUGAUACACACGGACAUGCUUGAGUCGUGUUUUGGGGAGUCUAGUAUGAAGAAUUAUCCGAAACCUGAUGCAUGGGCCGUCAGGGCUGCUACCAUGAUUUUGAAUCUUACGGCGGCCGACAACGGCGCUUCUCUUAACGUAUGACAUGACAACUCCGUUACAUAGAUGAAUCUAGACAUUCCUGUGGGAUGGAAUGGAGGAGUAGUUUUAGUAUUAGUGCAUGAAUGAACAAAACUGAGUCUAUUUGACUGUUGUUUAAAUGAUGCAGUAUUAUUUCAGUUUCGCUCAAA